AUGCAGGCUGUGUACUGGUACGCGGUCCUUCUGCUGCAGCCCACCCUCUACCUGGUUACCUGUGCAAAUUUAACAAAUGGAGGAAAAACAGAACUUCUAAAAUCAGGAAGCUCCAAAUCCACACUAAAGCACAUAUGGACAGAAAGUAGCAAAGACUUGUCCAUCAGCCGACUGCUGUCACAGACUUUUCGUGGAAAGGAAAAUGAUACAGAUUUGGACCUGCGAUACGAUGCCCCAGAAACUUAUUCUGAGCAAGAUCUCUGGGACUGGCUGAGGAACUCCACAGACCUGCAAGAGCCUCGGCCCAGAGCAAAGAGACGGCCCAUUGUCAAAACUGGGAAAUUUAAGAAAAUGUUUGGCUGGGGCGAUUUUCAUUCCAACAUCAAGACUGUGAAGCUAAAUCUGUUAAUAACGGGGAAAAUCGUUGACCAUGGCAAUGGGACGUUUAGUGUUUACUUCAGGCAUAACUCCACUGGUCAAGGGAAUGUAUCUGUGAGCCUAGUGCCCCCUACAAAAAUAGUGGAAUUUGACUUGGCACAACAGACGGUGAUUGAUGCCAAAGAUUCCAAGUCCUUUAACUGUCGAAUUGAGUACGAAAAGGUUGACAAGGCUACCAAGAACACACUCUGCAACUAUGACCCUUCAAAAACCUGUUAUCAGGAGCAGACCCAGAGCCACGUGUCAUGGCUCUGCUCCAAGCCCUUUAAAGUAAUCUGUAUUUACAUUUCCUUUUAUAGUACAGAUUAUAAACUAGUACAGAAGGUGUGUCCUGAUUACAACUACCACAGUGACACACCCUACUUCCCAUCAGGGUGAGGACCAACGUGUGUCUGAGACUGAAGCCUGGGGAAUAAAAGAGGUCAUAUGACAGGGCUGUAACCUCAAGGAGGAAGGCCACAUCUAUUGCCUGGAAUGUGUCUACCUGCUGCUGCUGAUGUCAAAUGGCUGCAAAUAUGUUAGUGGAAAACAAUCUAAUGUAAUUUUUGCCCCGUCAGCUCCAUGUAUCAAUCUAGUUGUAAAUCACUAUGGAUUUGAAAUAAAACCAUACACGUACACAAAGACACACACUCUUUUCAGCUCACAUCUAUUGAGAUUCCUGUUAAGAGAGCUUUCAUUGUCCAAUAUCUAAGGUUUCAGGAUAACCUAUCAUCAAGCAAAAUGGAUUAACUAGACAGAGAAUGGUUUCUAACACAGACUGUUAUGGAAAUCUCUUUGAAAGUCCUUUGAGUACACGCCAAUCAAUAAUCCCCACUCAUGCAUUCUACUGCUUGGAGUAGCUGUGCUGGUAAAUAAUACUGUAGGAGUAAAUACUUGUUAAAAUGGGAAAAAUGUGUGUCUAGAUUUCAGUAUUCCUUAUUAUAUGAACACAGCAAAGCAUCGUGACUUUUUUCCAGCAUACAGUAGGCACAUUCGAGGUGGUGUUAGGUGGCUCUUUUUCCAUGGAGCGAGCCUGUUACUAGUAAAGAUGGGCAAACAUUUGGAAUUUACAUGUGGGCAGACAUUCUGGUUUCAUGUUUCUCUGACUCUUUAAGCUCUGAUUCUUUAAACCUGGUUGAGUUUAGGCCAGCUAAGCUACUUAAAAACUCUCCAACUGAUCUCUAAGAAGGAAAAUGCCUGGCGGAGAACAUGUAAGUUAUAAGUGGCUGUCUUAUCUUUAUUACAAAAUAUUGUAACAAAUUCAAUAUCCUAGUCUUCAUUUGUAUGAAUGGUUUGUAUUGUACAUAAUUUAACCGGUGUUAUUUGAGCUGCUUAUUAAUAUUAACUUGUAAUUGUCUCUCUGCUUGUUAUUGGUUAAAAACAAUCAAGGAAAUGAGGAAUCCAUUUUAUCAAUGUAGCUGUAAACUCCAUUAAAAGACAGAACUAUGUACAAAGCAUUUAUUCAGCUAAAGUAUUGUUGAAAGCUAUACAUAUACAACAUUACAGUCUGUCUGUAUUUAGAUAUUUUAUUUCCAGAGAAAAAAAUGAACUGUACAUAAAAAUAAAAAAUCUUAAAGUUGAGUUUCAA